AUGGCACCAAAGGCUGAAAAGAAACCUGCUUCCAAGGCACCAGCUGCUAAGAAAACCACAACGUCCGCUGAUGUUUCCAAGAAGAGGACCAAGACCAGAAAGGAGACUUACUCUUCUUAUAUUUACAAGGUUUUGAAGCAAACACAUCCAGAUACUGGUAUUUCUCAAAAGUCUAUGUCUAUUUUGAAUUCAUUUGUCAAUGAUAUCUUUGAGAGAAUCGCUUCUGAAGCUUCCAAAUUGGCUGCUUAUAACAAGAAGUCUACUAUUUCUGCUAGAGAAAUCCAAACGGCUGUUAGAUUGAUUUUGCCAGGUGAAUUAGCAAAGCAUGCUGUAUCUGAAGGUACUAGAGCUGUUACCAAGUAUUCUUCUUCUACUCAAGCUUGA